CUAAAAACACGGUGAAUCGCGGCAAGCGGCCGUGGAGCUGAGCAAUAUGUUUCAUAGGGUUUAAGAGCGGGAGUUCGGCUAGGGUUUAAAGCUUGGAUACCAGAGUAUCAAAGUGUGCCGCUCUUCAUCGUCACCGAACCUCUGAGAUGGCCUUUUGGGGUGUUGAAGUGAAGCCGGGAAAACCAUACACACAUCGAUUGGAUGAUGAGCGAGGAAGGCUUCACAUUUCUCAUGCAACAUUGGGUAUUGGGAAGUUGACGAAGAAAACAUUGGUGCAGUGUAAUGUAGGGGAUAACAGUCCUAUUUUGAUAUGCUCGUUGUUACCCGAUAAGACUGAGUCAUGCUCAUUGGACCUUGAAUUCGAGGAGGACGAGGAUGUCGUUUUCUCUGUAAUCGGACCUCAUAGCGUUCAUCUCUCUGGUUUCUAUCUUGGGAAUGGUCAGGAUUCUUGUGGACAUGUAGACGAUAGUGAUUCUUAUGGAGAGGACAUUGAUGAGACCGAGACAGAGGAGUCAACUGAUUAUGAUACUGGAGAUGAAUUUGAAGAUGAUUUCAUUGAUGAUAGUGAUCUUGAAGCUUACCCAUCUUCACCUGUUCCCAACAGUGGAGUUGUGAUUGAGGAGAUAUUGGAUGAUGAGAAGCUUACUAAGGAGAAUGGAAACCAUAAACAUCCUCGUAAGAAGGGCCAAGUGAGUGAUUCUGAUGACAGUGGCGGUUCUCAACGCCAAAUUGUUGUGAGGGGUACUGCUGGUGCUCCUGUUACUGAAAGUGAAGACGAAGACGGUUUCCCCAUUAGCUCAUCAUUGACAAGCAUUGAUACUGUUCAGAAUAAUGAAGCAAAAGUGAAAGAGAAGAGAGAGAAGAAAAAAGCCAAGAAAGGCAAGAAGAAUACAAAAGAGGACAGUGACCAGGUUUCAGGCCUAAAAAGGAAAAUUGACACUGUUCAGGAUGGUGAUCCAGAAGGUGAUUUGAUUUGUGCCAGUGGUGAUGCUGAUCAGUCACAUGACUCGCCUGUGCCAUCGACUGAGGUUGUGAAGUUAAAGAAGAAAAAGAAAAAGCAUGUUAAGGAGGGAAAAAUUACAGAAGCUGGAAAUGAUAAUCAAAUUAGUAUCUCUAAAGAGGAUGCAUCCCAAACUGGGGAGGCAAAGAGUAACGAGAUGGACCAGGAUUUGCCUUCCAACAAUAAGCUUGAGCAGAAGUCAGCUGAUGAUAAGAGUCUUGACCUUGAUAUUGAUCUUGCUGCUACUACUGGAGAGCACUCUGAGGAGAAGAGAAAAAACAAGAAAAAGAAAAACAAGAACAAGAACAAGACCCAAGAGAGCAAUGAGAAUGCAAAGGUAUCAGAAGUCAAGAACCAAGAGGGGGAUAUGAAUGUGAAGGCAACACUGGUCAAGACUCAGGAGAGUGAUAUGGAUGGAAAGGCAUCAAAGGUUAGGACCUUUCCUAAUGGAUUAGUUAUUGAGGAGCUAGCAAUGGGCAAAGCAGAUGGUAAAAGAGCUUCUCCUGGGAAAAAGGUCUCUGUCCAUUACAUUGGCAAGUUGAAGAAGAAUGGGCAAAUUUUUGACUCCAAUAUUGGAAGAUCACCUUUCAAGUUCCGUUUAGGUGUAGGAGCAGUUAUAAAAGGAUGGGAUGUUGGAGUUAAUGGUAUGCGAAUUGGUGACAAAAGAAGACUCGUGAUCCCGCCCUCGAUGGGGUAUGGAUCGCAAGGAGCUGGUGGAAAAAUACCUCCCAACGCAUGGCUGGUAUUUGAUGUUGAGUUGGUCAAUGUCAAUUGAUCACUGGGCUUUUCUGUAGUUGGUUAAAUGUUUGCAGUUAUGCGGCUUUUAUUGUGGAACUUGUUUCUAGAGAUGUGUUCAGUAAGCAGUGAAAUACAAAGACGAUUUGUCAUUAGAAAAGAAAAAUAGAAAUAGAAGGAUGAUUCACUCGGUUAAGUGAAUUGUUUUUUUGUCU